UCAAGUGUCAGUAUGGGCAGUUAUUCAAUCUUCGCAAAACGUCACAAAACAGCACGUCAGAUAAGAUGUUGACCGAGACACGAUUAAGUAUUUGGUCUCUUCUUAUACAAUUUUAUAACAUUUGUUUAUUUAAUUAAUGUGCGUGUGCACUGGGCAGGUUGUCCCUUGAUGACACAAUAAUACGAAGACGAUUCGCGUGAUAAUUUCGUAAAUUGCAUCUCCUACGUGUGUACACCUGCACAAGUAACCAGAGACAAAAGUGCAACUGCAUUUCAGGUGCAAUUUCAUGUACUUGGUUAGUUGUUGCUGUUAAGUGGAUGUAAGAACAAGUGGUGUGAAGCUGUGAGUUCGUUCUUUGUAUGGCAGGCGACAAACGAGGCAAAUUAGACGGCAUUUUUAUCAAUCGAAAUGUACUUUUUUUAUCCUGCAGAGUUCACAGGUGUAAAUUUACAAAGAAAGAUGAGCAAUGAAUGAAUGAAGCUUAAAUACGUGGAAAUGUGAUGGACAAAAAAGAUGGUAUUUUUUACGAGUUGAUUUAUUUGUAAAUGUCAAUUAAUGAGCCGGUGGACACCAGAUUUUUUCAAUCCGAAGAACCGGACAGGGAUCAAGUUGACAUUUUCUGUGUCAUACAACAUAUUUAAAACUGCCAGUCGUCCGUGUAAAGUUGGAUGGAUCGGAUCACAACGAAUUAAAUUAAAGCAACAAACCCUACCAUUCAAGACAAUGUCAGUUAUUUCGGGAUUAAUUAAUCUCCCCAAGUUUCCGGUGGAUGUUGCAAAUUGUCACUUAUUAUUCCCAUCAAUUUGCUAACAGCGUGAGCCAUCGUUGCAUUCGCAAGACAAAAUAAUCGAAUUAAACUGCAGAUCCGAUCCCACAAGACGUAAGUGCAUAUUCAUAUAUCAAACCAAUCAAUGUGAACCCACACGAAAAUUAUUUUUCAUGACGAAACAUAGAUAUUAACCAAUUUGUUUAUCUUGGUGCUUAUAUACAUUCAUGAAAUGUGUGGUUUACUUAACGAACCGCAAGAAUUACCAAGAAACAGGAUAAUCCACUUCGAGCUUAACUUGUCGUUCUAAAUUAAUAACACAAAUCCAUCCAUUAAAUCAGUUGACAGUGCGUUGCAGUGCAUUCAGAUAGAAAUGUUAAUUAAUUUGUUAUUUUCACUAAUGAAAGAACAAGACAAGCUUUGAAUUAAUCUUUUUUGCAAGAACAAUAUAAAAAGAAACGAAAUUUGGAGAAAGUUUGCAGAUCUCGAUUCGCAGACGAAAAUAGUGUAAUUUUGUUGUGCCAUUUAUUUUGCAAAAUAUAUAACUCUACACUCAAAUAUUUACAUAAUAUUAAUAUUACUGAUUAUUCUAAUCUGAUUAAAAUUCAAUUGACAUAUAUCGACAGAAGAGUUUGCAUGCAACUUUUAUAUACAUACUUAUUAGCAUUUGUAUUAAAGUGUCAAUUUAUUAAGGAUUUACGAUUAUUUAUUUAUUUAAUCACAAAGUUAUUCGAGUGUGCCAAAAUAACGAGUAUAAAAAAUAUGGAAAUUAUUUUUAUGAGUUUUUUGAGUGAAUAUAAAAAAUAAAAAGAUUAUCUAUAUUUGACAAAAUCAAUUUAGCUUCAAACCUAUUCGACCAAAUAAUAGAUUCGUUAAGGGUCAAACUAAUGGGUAAAUAUUUUAGUGAAAAAAAUGACAAGAAAAAUAAUACCUCUAAAUUAAACAUUGUCAAGGUGUGGCUGUGCAAAAAAGUUGACUAUGCAAUAUAAUAUGCAAAUGUCGCCGCAAUCUCUACCCAUUUUUCAUUUUGUACUCAUUACUGCUCUUUUGUCGCUAUUGUCCACACCACAAAAUGAUGCAAUUCCUACUUCAGUAGUGGGGGAAAUAAUAUCAGAAAAUUUGACAGAUUUUGAAAAUUAUAACUCAAACCUUGAGUCAAUUCAGAUCUCAAAUUCUACCCUUCACUCCAAAAUUUGUGAGUCGAAUCCUACCGGAAGUUAUACUGAUUUAAUUUGCAUUCCAAAAUGUUGUCCUGCUGGUCAAGUACUCGACUACGGAGGUGCAAGUUACCACAUUCAGGCUCACACCAUGCAACAUGCAGAGCCUCGUUGCGUCCAUUCCGGCGGAAUAGAUUGGUCACCCUCUGACCUUAUCUUAACCGAUAGUCAGGAAAAUGAUGGAAUAAUAUACAACGAUUCCAUCAAAUUACGAGAAAAUGUCGCCGUUUUCCACAACAAGUUGAUGUGCUCGCCCGGUUUGCUGUAUCUCAUUCAUGAAAAUGCUUUCUUUGAUAAAGAACUUUUGGAGUUGGGUCCUGACCAAAAUAUUGACAGAUUUCACAUCUUCCCCAACGGCACGAUACAUUCUGAAUCCGGCCUAAUUUUUUCUGAUGAUAUUUGCCUCGACGGAAUACAAAAUUUUGUGGGGGGUGAAAUCCAGUCGAAUUAUUCGGGUCAACAUGCCGCUCACGUCGUUCUCGGGGUGUGCCUCCCAGAAGGCGUGUACGAUCCGGGACCACCCACACAACUGGGAGAUGACGAUGACAAGGUUCAUUUCCUAAUUUACUGGGUGGUCCUCCCCUUCGCCUCCCUUUUCCUGUUGGGAACCAUUCUGAUUUACCUCCUGAUCUGGAGCACGCAUAACAUCCACGGUUACACCCUCUUCAGUUAUGUCGUCUCUCUGUUUGGAAACUAUGUCGUAUUGUUCAUCUCGCAAGUUGGGGUUGUGAAAUAUGAGACGCCGGUUUGCGCAUUUGUCGGAGUUUGCACCCAUUUCUUCUUCUUGAUGACAGCCGCGUGGCUUACCGUCGUAAAUUUUGAUGUCUUCCAUACGUUCAAACAUCUGAAAGCUGGCCGUCCAUCUAAAAACUUGGGUCGGUACAUGGCAUAUUUCGUCUUUGCUGUGGGGACGCCAGUUCUUAUUGUUUUCAGUAGUGGCCUGUUGGACAAUGCUUACAAGAACGAUUCAUUCGCAACAUCCCCCAUCAUCCUCCCAAACUACCAGAGAAGCUGUGUCCUCUCCCCCCAAUCGGUCGCCUUUUACCUCUACGCCCCCUUGGGAAUACUCGUCUGUGCGAAUCUGGUCUUCUUUUUCGCCACGAUUUUCCUCCUAGUCAGUUACCAACGCAGUAUUGGAGCCGUUCUGAAAGGAACGUGCACCACGAAAGAGGAUCAAUCACUCCGUCUAUUCCUCAAACUCUUUGUCGUGAUGGGGUUUUCAUGGACGUUCGAAGUUAUCGGUUGGGCCGUUGAGAAAUCACUUGGCGAUGACUUGACCGGUAUUUCCACUGCAGUUGCGAUCGUGGACGUGUUUAAUCUUCUCCUCGCAAUUCCAAUUUUCUUCAUCUUUGUUUGGAAAAAGGCUAUCUUUGACCAACUGUGGAUUCAGUAUCCGACUAUUUUGCAAAAGCCACUUCGUAUCCUCGUCUUCUGCGGAUGUGUCGACUCCACGCCGGACGAUAAGCGACCCUCACUCUCAGCCAUGACGAUGUCACUACCAAGAAACGGGACAUUUACCAGGAGCGGAACAUCGAACAAUAACUCAGGCCAGGGUCAAGGCAGGAUGUCAUCUGGGUCAGUGAGUGAGCUGAUAGCAAGUAGGAAUCGGAAACGAUCAAAUGAUUCGCAGGGAAGUGAAAGUUGUAGAAAGGCAUCAGUCCCCACGAUUUCAGAAGUUAGAGAAACCGGUGGUGGUGGCGGUGAUGGUAUGACAGUCGUUGUAGAGGAAAGUGAGAUUCCGGGGGAAGUAUUAACCUCUGACCUUGACGAUAAAACGGGGUCAUCAAAUGUGAAAGUCAGUCAUCACCCAAAUGACACUGAGCCGCCAUGUCCUGAAAUAUAGAUUGCUCUACAUUUUCUCUUACACAAUUUUAAAUGAAUCAAUAUUUUUGAUCAGUUUGCCAUAAUGAGUUCAUUGCCGGAUGUCUGUAUUAUGUCUGCCUGACAUGUUAAGUUUGUAUGUACAAGUUUUGCAAUAUAAGUAUUUUCAAUAAUUGUUUUACCAAAUGUCUAUUAAUUAUAAGAACAGAUGGACAUUACUGAUAAUUUAUUAGCGGAUCUACAUAUGUUUCAAACUGGAUUUCCCAUGAGUUUAUUGUCUCGUAAUAAUAAAAAUAUUUAUAGUCUGGUUCAAAAUGUGCACACACUAAUUAAUUUCAUUUGAUUAAUAUUUUGUAUAAGAUCCGAUAAUAAAUUACCGUUAUUAUCUGCAAGAACUGGA